AUGGUCCCUUGUGAGUCAGCGGAGUUUGUGGUUUCACAAAUCCUCGACUAUUCUAAAGACGGUCAAAAAACAGGACUAGUCGGGUUGGGGGCUCGUGAUUACCUCCGAAUUGAGGCUGGGCUGUGUUUAUAUGGAAAUGAACUCAAUGACGUCACAAACAUCAAAGAAGCCGGUCUCUCAUGGAUUUUGAUGGUGGGGAACAAGUCCUGGUUUUUUAAUCGUCGAAUUUUUGGAAACAAAAAACGAAGCACAAUCAACGAAGCAGAAAAACAAAAGCCAAAAAAGGGAAAUGUAUUCUGCAAAAUAACAUUUCUGGACGGAACUGAAAUCUGUUGUGAACAACGUAAAAAGUGCCUUGGAAUUGAUUUGAUUGAAUUAGCCAUCUACCAUUUGGACUUGAUAGAGAAGGACUACUUCGGACUGCAGUUUGUGGACUCGGACAACGUAAAGAGAUGGCUCGACCCACUGAAAACACUCUCCCACCAAUGGAAGAGCAAAUCUCUCUUUGACCUCAACUUUGUAGUCAAAUUCUACCCUUCCGAGCCCAACAAGAUGCGAGAGGAGUGCACUCGGUGGGCUAUUUGUGGGUGUUGUAGAUAUCAGGUUUAUCUCCAGCUAAAAAACGACCUUUUCACGGGCAAAUUGGAAUGUGGGCAGGACGUGGCUGUGGAAUUGUCGGCUCUUGUUCUCCAAGUAACCAAAAUUAUUAUUUUAGCCGAAUUGGGUGAUUUUAACAGGAAAAAUCAUUCUCUUGGAAAUAUUUCUGAAUUUCGGUUUGUGCCCAACCAAAGUGAACAAUUUGAGAGACUUGUUUAUGACGUUUUCCGGACAUAUCGGUUGGAAUAUUGGCAGAAUUGCAGUGGUUUGACUCCCGAACAUGCCGAAUUGGCAUUUCUGAAUAAAUGCAAGUAUUUGGACAUGUAUGGAGUGGAUUUACAUAAUGUGAUCGGCUGUGAUGACAACGAAUACUUACUUGGGCUUACUCCUUCAGGAAUUCUUAUUUUUGAACGUCAGGAGAAGAUUGGUUUGUUUUUUUGGUAUUUUUUAUUUGUGUGA